UUUCUUUUUUCUUUUUUUUUUUCUCUUUAAAGCUAUUAUGGGAAUCUUUACUGAUGAGCCACAAAAGACUUCAGUGUCUCUUUAUAUAGAGAGAUUAUCCAAUCUGGAAGAGGUUGAUUGGUACCUGUUACAGCAGUUGAUAGAAUCUAUUCAAAUGCAAUCCAAUGGUGCUAGAGAAGCUAUUGAAACUAUAAGAAAGAAGCUUAAACAUGGUGGAACACAGCAAAAAUUACGUGCAUUAGAAGUUUUGAAACUUUUAAUGGAAAAUAGCAAUCAACAGUUUCAUAGACAAUUUCUUAUGAAUGACAAGAUGAAGGAACGAUUUGAGCUGAUAUUGACUUCACAGGCUGAAGAUGUCAAAGUCAAGAAUGAGCUUUUGUCCUUAUUGGGCGCAUGGAUAUCAAAAUAUAAAGACGAGCCUGGUAUGAGAACCAUGGCUGAUUUGUAUGAAUUGGGUAGAGGACGAAAGUUGCGCAUAAGAACCAAUACAGCAGAAUCAUCAAGAUCAAAUACUAGUGAUACUAUUGUUAGAUCGCCUACGACUAAUACACAAUCACCCAUGACUUCACCUAUACGAGAACAACCACAACAUCAAAGACACCAAUCUUUACCACCGCCCAUUAUGCCCAUUCGAUCACCUAUUACUGAACCAAAAGUAAAGAAUAAACCCCGCAGUCAGAGUAACGCUGGUUCAACAUCACGAAACAACACGACAUUGUUCAAUUUUGAAAAGACGAAACCUAAAAUAUUGGAAGAGAUCGCUUUGGCGAAUCAAAACUCCAACAAUUUGAUUAAUGCUCUAAGACUUAUCAAUACAGCAGAGGAUAGGUGGGAGAUUGAUUUACAGCAUGAUAAACGUUUACAAGAGUACAGAGAUAAAUGUGAAGAAUCUAAAAAGAAGAUUGUACGAUAUGCUAGAUUAGUUGAAGAUGAAGAAUGGAUAGGUACAUUAUUAGCAGCGAAUGAAGAUCUUUUGAAGGCUUUAGAUAUGUAUGAUAUCAUGUUGGUGGGUGAAAUACCUGCCUCAUGGAGUCCAAUGUCUCCCAACAAUAAUAAUAACAGAAAAGCCAUUCGUGCACCUCCUCCUCCUCCACCCAUAAAGAGACAAACAUCGCCAUUACAACUUGAAUUCUCAAAUUUAAACAUAAACCAUGAACAGAAACAUGAUGACGAGUUGGAUCCGUUUGCAGACCCAACUACGCCUAUUGAAGAAAUAGAGAAUCAUCAUUUCUAAAUAAACUAUUUAAAAAAAAGUUUUUGCUGGAUUUUAAAAAUAGAUAAAAACCAAUGUAUAUUUUUAGUGAUUUUCCCA